AUUUCACCCCUCUUUCCAAACAUCCAGCUGUGACGCCGCCCAUCCCUCCCUCCAUCCAUCUCACGUGUCUGUGUUUCCUGUUCUUGCACAAUCCUCUUGUUUUCUCCGUGGCUCUUGCUCAGAUGAAUGAAGGUGAAAUCACCGAUUGGAAUUCUUUGCAAUAAAAACUUUUUCAAGGAAACAUUGCAGUCGUGCACAGUAAGUGCUGCAGGUAUGGCAGAGAAUCAACCGACAGGAGACGCAGGGGAGUACAUCAGCACUAUGACUGGUGGCACUAAACCUCUGCAUCGGUUCCUCAGAGGAGAACCCAAGAGUAUUGGAAUUGUGCUGGUGUUUCUAGGCAUAUGUCUCUUCAUGUUUGGAAUUACUAUGAAAACAGAUCAGGACACUUCAGCCAACAUGUACACCCCCUUCUGGAUUGGGAUUCUGUUCACCAUCUGUGGCAUUCUGUUCAUACUGUCUGAGCGCAACCCAACCAAAAAGAUGAUCACAGCUAGCUUUGCGACGAGUAUAGUCACCACCAUUGGACUAAUGUUCGGUUGCAUAGAUUUUAUAUGGGCUAUAACAAACAUCCAACUCGAGAUCUGGCAUCCAAUGGGGAAUCGCACAGAGAAGGAGCGACAUUUUUAUAUGUCCCUGUGUGUAAUGGAGCAAGUGUUUCUCGCCCACAGCCUGAUAGGAGGUGUUCUGCUUGUAACUAUGAUGAUAUUCGCCAGAGUGGCAUUACGCUCCAGCAGAACACAGGCUGUUGUUGUGAUGAAAAAUGUGUCAACAGUGGUGGAGUGAACAGACACACCACACAAAGAACCACAGAGGCACAUUACACCGUAAAAUACUUUUCUAUGUUAGUAAAAGGUAAAUACAAUGGUAUAACUCAGAUAAUAAUUAAUAUUCAUAUUAAUAGCUGCACAAAUGACAAUCAUAUGUUGUUUAUUUUAUAUUUCUCCUCGAUAUAUAUGACCUUAGUUAUCUAACCUUAUAUGUUACUCACUGUGCAAAGAAUGUGUGCUUGUUAUUCUGGACUUACUUUUGAUAAGCAAAUUAUCUAUAUAGAAUAUAAAAGUAAUGCAAUUGAUUACACCCGGUGUAUGGCACUGUAUGCACAUAUAGUUGAAUGCAAGUAUAACCGAUCAUCUGUUGUCCCUUGAUGAAAAUUACGCCAUGCAGGCAGGUGCUCAGACGCGGACGGUCGUACUAUACUUUGGCCUUAACACACACAUGCACUGUCACGGUACAGAUUGGCAGAACUCAGGCGCAGGCAGGUGAAUGUUAAACAAAAAACUCUAAAACACUAAAACAUACACCCUCAAUGGGGAAGAAGCACGAAAAACAAUAAAAGAUUUAAAACUGAAAACCUCCCGCAAGGGACACCAAACAAACCAGGCAAAAACAGAAAUCCAAAUGAUCAAUCCAAAAAACACCAAGGGAACAAUUAACAGGAACAAUGUAAUCCAACACGAAGAGACAUGUGAAACAAACAAACCGACCAACAGCAAAGCAAUCAGGAACAUUAAAUAGGAGGAAACUAAUGGGGUGAGAUUACAAAGGGAUCGGGACGGGCAGGUGACAAGGCAUUCAACGGGCAGAAGAUGAGAGAGGUGACGAACGUUAAACACUAACGGGGAAACAAGGGGGCGUAGCUAAACGAAAAACAGGAGGACACGCGGCGAAUUAUCAAAACAUACCGCCACGUGUCUCCACAUAAAACAAAACAUACACACAAGACAUGGUACUGUCACAACCCUGUCCACAAGGCACGAAAUCUAAGAACAGAAAGGACAGGAUCGUCACAGGCACAAUCCAAGUUCUUCUACCACUGAAAUAAUUUUAGAUACAUUAUCUAAAGGUCGAAAAACACCAUAAAUACCAUGCACUGGGCUGUGUUUCACCUUUUCUGUUUUUCCUGUUUGCCCCUGUAAAGCAGCUUUGGAACAAUGCACAUUGUGAAAAGCGCUAUAUAAAUAAACUUGAAUUGAAAAACUACAAAGUGUUUUUUUCGAAAGUGCACAAGGUAUAUUUUAAAGUCUGUAUUGAUCAGACAGAAUUUUUAUUGAUCUGGGCUUUAAAAGCUGCGUUUGUGAACAAUAUAGAUACAGAAAAGUAUUUUAUCAGCAAACACAUCACUUUACUUUUUAUGAAUUUAUGUACCAUCUCGAACACUUUACAUUGCUCAUUAAAGGUUCCUGUAGCUCAUUUUUGUUAAUAGUGCCAAGGUCAGGAAUUAGAUUCACAGGGAACACAUGUUGUAGAAUCUACCCCUAAAAUGCAACCUGAAGUCACUUUGGAUAAAAAGCAAACCCAGAGGCAAACAGGAAUUUUAAGAGCUAAGUGUGACGGUCUUGCCUGGGCGGUCUGCACAAUGGAGAUAUAAACGUGGAAAUAGGGGUUUCACUUCACAGAGAAUAAAUCAGUUCUACAUAAAACACAAGACAAUGCACAAAUUAAUUGCGAUUGUGCCUCGUUAUACGAAGUCAAAAUAACUCGAUAUAAAAUAACACACUCGACGCCAACAACGCAUCAGAAGAUACAUUACAAGUUAAUUGCAGGAUAAAUCCACAAUAAAGGGGUUAUUUAUGAGUUUUUGACACUUUUAACUGUUUAUUCUCUGACUCCUCAGAACAUACAACUUACCCACAGCAUGUCUCGUUAUCUCUGCUGUUGGCGGUCCCUAUUCCAUACUAAUGCCAUCACGCAUAAGACAGAUGGCGCUGUCCCCAUUUAUGCAGUAAUUUAACAAUUUACUCUCCGGUACAUAAGCUUGCGUACGUUUAGUGGGAUUUUGUAUGACACCUGGCAUGUUACUUGAAAGUUAGUUUGUACGCAAUAACGUUAUUAACGCGACAAUGUAACAGCGAGUGUUUUAUGGCUUUAAACAGCUUUAUUUAUAGUUCAUACAAAACAAGUUUGUGCUUCAGAAACGCAGUGACGUGACGCCAUGUGCAAACAACCUACGAACAAUGUCAUCGGAUAACCUGUCAAAAUAUUAUACUCACAAAAGUAAAUGAGUUAGGACAACUCAAUACAAAAAAAGCUGAAAAUUAAAUGAACAUUUCUGAAUUAAAGUUUUUAUGCUAAACGGCUUCGUGGAGCAGCAGCUGUACAGAGCGUUCUCGCCCCAUGAAGCAUCAUCCGUGCCAAGGUAUGAUGCUCAUUGUUUUAUUGUGAUUAGUAAAAAACCAUUUAAGUGAAAGACUUCAACGAGUGCUUCUCUCUGUUCUGUUGGUGAUGGUGGCCGGACGAAACAGAGGGUUUGAAUCUGUCAGCUUCUUCAACCUCAAAGAUGCGACUACUUCUGCGCCGGUCUUGAACGGGCGUAUGCCUAUCCGCCACUAUCGUCUCUGCAUUUGGCGAAUGUAACUGUAAACUUUCAUAGAACCUUUUUUUUAGACGAAUAAACUACCGAAGAGCUCGUUGAAUGUGUAUUUGUGUGUAUACAUACUUUCAUAUCUGUUCACUAUUUCAAUAUUUGCAUCAGGAACCGAUGUGUUACUGACUAGCCUGCUUGUGCACGUUCACGUUGCGCAUGCGUGAUUACGUAAUUUCCAUCAUUAUUCUGAGAAAGUUUCUCAUUAUUAUCUCGAAAUUUCGACUUAGUUUCUCAUUAUUAUGACUCACUAAUUCUAAAAAAAAUCCAACCCUGGCGGAAAUGGGCUUCCAUACUAUGCUGUCGUCCAGGCCUGUUUAUACACGAGCCUCCGCUGACCGCGCGCACAACUCCCCAAAUGGACGACUGUACCGGUCAGCCAAAAUCUCUUUAAAGCUCUCGAGUAAUCACGGCAUCGCGCCUGAAGAGGACAUAUGAUAACUCUGCAUAAAAAACACCAAUCACAUUAAGUAUAUUUGAGGUGUUUUUUGUUAUAUUUAUGCUUCUGUAAUUAUCUGUCGUGAAUCAUGCUCGAUGCUGUUUUAAUAAAUCUGUUAUGUGAAGUUAAGUAUCUGAACAAACACUUGUUGUUCAUUUUAAUGUUUUUAAACAUGCUUGUAUACUGUUUUAAACGCGAUUUGAUAUCUAUAUAAAUGAAAUGUAUUCCAA